CCCUGCUGUUCACUCCAUUAAGCAAGGCUUUGCUUUUGAUUCCUUGCUUUAGGUAAACGGGUAGUUAAUUUUGGAGCUACUGAAAUGACGUAUUAGCAGCUGCAGAGGUCUAAAAACGACACCCAAAACAACUGGAACGGCGAUGGCAAGAGAUCUUCCAAAAUGUAUGGAAAAGUGAUUUUCUCUAUAGGAUUCAUCUUCCUGCUGGUGUUCUCCUACUCCAUCUUCAUUGGGACCCUUGAUUUCAGAUCAUAUUUCUUGCCUGGUCUCCAACAGUUGCCGAUUGGUGCUGUCUCCGUGUGUGCAACUGGGCCUCGUCUUAAGGUUUACAUGUAUGAGCUUCCGCGGAGAUUCCACGUGGGGAUGAUGGAUCACAAGAGCAAGAUUGAUGAUGAUGUGCCGGUGACGGCGGAUAAUUUGCCGCGGUGGCCGAAGAAUGUUGGGAUAAAGAAGCAGCACAGUGUGGAGUAUUGGUUGAUGGCUUCGCUUUUGUACGAUGGUGGUAAAGAGGAGAGGGAGGUGGUUAGGGUUUUGGAUCCGGAGGCGGCUGAUGCGUUCUUCGUGCCGUUUUUCUCGUCGUUGAGCUUCAACACGCACGGCCAUAACAUGACUGAUCCAGAGACCGAGAAGGAUCGCCAAUUGCAGGUUGCUUUAAUAGAAUUCUUGUAUAAAUCCAAGUACUGGCAGAGGUCUGGAGGCAGGGACCACGUGAUCCCCAUGACACAUCCUAAUGCUUUUAGAUUUCUGCGACAACAGUUGAAUGCAUCUAUUCUUAUUGUUGCAGAUUUUGGCCGCUAUCCUAAAUCCAUGUCAACUUUGAGGAAAGAUGUGGUGGCCCCAUAUGUACAUGUUGUUGACUCUUUUACAGAUGAUGAAAUUUCUGAUCCAUUUGAAUCUCGCACCACCCUUCUUUUCUUUCGUGGGAAUACAGUUAGGAAAGAUGAAGGCAGAGUUCGUGCUAAACUGGAAAAGAUAUUAGCUAGUUAUGAUGAUGUUCAUUUUGAGAGAAGCACACCAACAACACAAACAAUAAAAGUGUCAACACAAGGAAUGCGUUCAUCAAAGUUCUGUCUACAUCCUGCGGGAGACACUCCAUCUUCUUGCCGGCUUUUUGAUGCUAUUGUAAGCCAUUGUGUCCCUGUCAUUGUGAGUGAUCAAAUUGAACUCCCUUACGAGGAUGAAAUUGAUUAUAGCCAAUUCUCAAUUUUCUUCUCUGUAAAUGAGGCAAUUCAACCUGGUUUCAUAAUUAAUCAACUACGGCAAUUUCCAAAAGAUAGAUGGAUUAAAAUGUGGAGACAGCUUAAGAACAUCUCUCAUCACUUUGAAUUCCAGUAUCCGCCAAAGAAGGAAGACGCAAUUGACAUGCUAUGGAGACAGGUAAAACACAAGCUUCCUAGUGUCAAAUUAUCUGUACAUAGAAGCAGGAGAUUGAAAGUUCCUGACUGGUGGCAGAGGAGAAGAUGAUUCUGUAGCUUCCUUGUAUGAUAUAGAACAUUCAUGAUUUUUUUUUCAUCAUUUAUAACAAUAACCCUUUUUAAAGGGAAUAAUUAGAGGUAGUUGUAAUGCCACUUCAUCACCUGACUUGAUAGUUUAUAUCACAUAUACUCUCCGGCAACUGUAAGUCAAAGGGGAUUAUUUUCUCGAUUAUGUAAGAGCUGUGGCCUGCAUGCACAAGAUCCUUUUUUUUUUUCCUUUUUCGUUUUUCUCUUAUUGUAAUGCUACAGAACUAGUUCUCAAGUAUGAAAUGGCAUGCAGCUGUACACAUACUAAUAGCAAGAGUAGAUUACUCAGGUUUGCAA